GUUCUUUAAAUGCUGCAGUUGGUCUUCAGUUGAGUGGAGAUCAAUAUGGAGACUGCAGCAUCAGAUGAUCCACAUCCUCUGAAGCGCAGCAGCAGCUUUGGGCGGCUGCCACCUAACAUGUCUGAGCUGAGAGUGGUUCUGCUGGGGAACAGCUGGUCUGAGAGGAGUUCAGUGGGUAACUGGAUCCUGGGAGAGACUGUGUUCAACACUGAGGAAGAACCAGACCGCUGUGUGAGAGUCAGAGGACAGGUGAAAAGAAAAGAAAUAGUUCUGAUCAACACCCCAGAUCUGAUGCACGCCAACAUCUCUGAAGACAAACUGACAGAACAUGUGAACAGCUGUGUGAGACUCUCUGCUCCUGGACCUCAUGUGUUCCUGCUGCUUCUACAGUCUGAAGACUUCACUGAAGAAAAGAACACAAAGCUUUGCAGAACCCUUGAAAAGUUCAGUGAUCGAUGGUUUGAUCAUUCACUGAUUCUGAUAUCAGCACCCAGAGAGGAGAGCUCAGGUGUCAUGGAAGAAUACAUGGAACACCCUCCUUUACAAGAAGUGAUCAGAAGAUGUAGCUUCAGAUACCUGAAGAGGAAGAACCUUCAACGUCCAGAGCUGUUAACACGCUUGGGUCAAACUGCAAAGGAGCACAACAGAGAGCCUGUGAGCUGUGAUGCAUUUGAGGAUCCAGGUUUGAUCAUGAUGUCAAAGUGUGAACCCAUCAAACCAGCUUUAAACCUGGUUCUGUGUGGGAGAAGAGGAGCAAGGAAGACUUCAGCAGCCAAGGCCAUUUUAGGUGAGACAGAGUUUCAUUCAGCCUCCAACUCAUCAGAGUGUGUUAAACAUCAGGGAGAGGUGUGUGGACGCUGGCUCUCCCUGGUGGAGCUGCCUGCCCUGUUUGAAAAACCUCAGGAGGAAGUGAUGGAGGAAUCAUUCAGGUGCAUCUCCCUCUGUGAUCCCGAGGGUGUCCAUGCCUUCAUCCUGGUCCUUCCUGUGGGUCCCCUCACUGAUGAAGACAAGGGAGAGUUAGAGACCAUCCAGAACACAUUCAGCUCUCGAGUCAAUGACUUCACCAUGAUUCUGUUCACUGUGGAGUCAGACCCUACAGCUCCAGAUGUUGAUAACUUUGUAAAAGAAAACAAGGACAUCCAGGAGCUCCGUCAGAGCUGUGGAGGAAGAUAUGUUGUUCUCAAUAUCAAGGACCAGCAGCAGAUCCCACAACUGCUGGAUGCUGUGGAAGAGAUGAGAGUUGAAGAAAGCUUCACACUAAAGAUGUUCACCAAGGCUCAGAUGAAGAAGGUUGUAGAGCAGGAUAACACUAACACAAGAAUUAAAGCUGAACUGAGGGAUCUAAAACAAAAAAGUGAAAAGAGAACUGAUGACAACAUUCAGAACAGAGAGUGUCUCAGGAUGGUGCUGAUUGGGAAGACCGGCAAUGGGAAGAGUGCAACUGCAAACACCAUUCUGGGACAAAAACGUUUUAAAUCUACUGCCAGCUCAAAGUCUGUGACAAAGUUUUGCCAGAAGGCAACAGGAGAGAUUGAUGGACGUCCUGUCGCUGUGGUCGACACCCCCGGCUUGUUUGACACGACUCUGUCCAACGAUGAUGUUCAACAGGAGCUUGUGAAAUGCAUCAGCAUGUUGUCUCCUGGACCUCAUGGGAUCUUACUGGUGCUGCAGAUCGGCCGCUUUACACAAGAGGAAAGAAACUCUGUGGAACUGAUCAAAAAGGUUUUUGGGAAGAAGUCUGGAAAUUUCAUCAUCAUUAUAUUCACCAGAGGAGAAGAACUGAAAGAUACAACAAUUGAGAGUUACAUAGACGACUGUGAUGACUUUUUAAAAAAACUGAUCAAUGACUGUGGAGGGAGAUACCAGGUGUUCAAUAACAACAAUCAGACCGACCGCACGCAAGUCAGAGAGUUGAUUAAGAAGUCCAACAACAUGCUGAAGGAAAAUGGCGGCAGCUGCUACACCUCAGAGAUGUUCGAGGAGGCAGAGGCAGCCAUACAGAAGGAAGUGGAGAGGAUCCUGAAGGAGAAGGAAGAAGAAAUGAAGAGACGGAUGGAGGAGCUGCAAAGACAACACAAUGAGGAAAUUGAAGCUGUGAAGAGAAGAAUGGAACAACAGAAAACAGAAAUUGAACAGAAGCGAACCAAACAGCUGAAAGAAAUGGAGGAAAACAUCAUCAAGGAGCGUGAGGAGAAAAGGAAGGAAUGGGAAAUGAGAGAAAAAGAGUUCAUGAAGAAGAAAAGUAAGGAAGAAAAUAAAAUAAAGGACUGGGAGCAAAAAGUUGACAAAGAGAUGGAGCAGAGUAAAGAAGACAUGAGAAAGCAAAAAGAGGACUGGGAGAAGGAGAGAAAAGACUGGUGGGAGAAACAAUAUCAGGAAAACAAACAGAGACGACAUGAGGAGCAAACAAGACUCACAAAGCUGCAAGAAGAAUACGAUCAGGAAAGAGAAAAACAUGAUCGCAAAAGAAAAAAAGAAGAUCGAAACAGAAGAGAACAGGAAGAGCAGGAGAGAAAAGAACUAGAGGAAAACUAUGAGAAAAAAAAGGAGGAAAUGAAGAAGAACUAUGAAGAGGAGGCCAGAAAACAAGCAGAGGAAUUAAACGAGUUCAGAAAGAAAUACAACAAAGACUUUACAGCCUUGGUGGAGAAGCACAUGGAAGAAAUAAAGGAAAAUAAGCUUAAGCAUGUAAGAGAAAUAAAAGAGACAGAAGAAAGUCUGUCACAAAACCUCUCGAGCCUCAAAGAAAAAGAACAAACAGAGAACAUGGAGAAAAGGCAUGAAAUAGAAAUAAAUGAACUAAAUCAGAAAUACAAAGACAAGUGUAUCAUCCUCUGAUUGUCUGAGCCACUCAUGAUCAUGAUGAUGUCAGCAGAUCAUCACUUCUCAUCAUUUAACAGCAGGUGUCUGGCUGUUAAUGCUCAACAGUGUCCACUAACAGCACCAACUCUGAUAUUUUCACUUUGUAAAUAUUGGAAUAAUCCAUCCCAUUGUUUUCUUUCCAUUUCCUAACUAGCUGAAGCAGAACUCUUUACUUUUUCACUGUCAAGAAAUCCACCAACCCUCAUGCUACAGAUUCUCUUUGUCAGCAGUCUGUCUUAUGGACUUAAGGUUCAAGUAGAAUGACCCCAGCAGUGUACAGAUCAGUUGGGUGUAGGUGCAGCUUUAGUUUAACAUGGCCUGCGUACAUUUAGGAGAUACAUGUAGUAAGUCCAUCCUGUGGUAAUCUUCCUUUACACUGGGUGGUGUAGGGGGGCAGGAAGGCAUGUAGGUGAGCUCAGCAGGACGCGUGGAAGUGAUGCCGGGAUGAGCACACAGUUUUUGAACGAUAUUAUUGUUUGUAUAUUAUUACAGUAAAGACUUUUGCAAGUUACAGAAGUCGUCUGUAUCGAGUUCUCUGCUUUCUACUCAGUGUAGAAAUCACUCAGUGGCUUCAUGUAGUCAUCACAGGAAGUGUGUUCAUGUUUCACACAAGUUCAUGGACUUUGUGCUAAUAAUUAAUUAAUUAAUUACUUAAUGGCUAAUUAGAAACUUUGAAAUGUCAGUAAUCAGCCAGUCACUGCCACUACUUCACAUGUACUUGUAUGUGUCAUACUUUGUUUGUUUUAAAUAUAUAUCUUACAAUAUUUAGAGCAUGUGCUGCCACAGCAGACUCCCUGUCUAUGAGCUGCAGCCUGAAAGUACAUCAUAUAUGAUUCUUAUUCCUCGUAUAAUCAUAUCAUUCCUUUUAAUAUCAUAAUGUGUAGAGUGUAUUAUUGGUUCAAUACAUAAAUAAGUGUUCUUUCAUGGUGUGCAUGUUACUGCAAUGUGUAUAUAUAUAUAUAUAUAUAUAUAUAUAUAUGUAUUUUUUUGUGGGGGGAGAAUAUUUUGUUUACUUGCAAUGUAACUUACACAUUUAUACAUCUACACACACAUACACACACACACACACACUCGUUCACACUCGUUGUUCCCCGUCGUGGGACAAAUAAAGGUUUUCUGAUUCUGAUUCUGACUGACACACACACA